AUGUAUAAGGCUGUAAGAAGUGGUAGAACGUUGGGGGUGCUUCUUGAUUUGGGCGUCAUGAACGACAGGCUUGCGCUUGCGCUUGCGAAGGUAGAGGAGGUGACAAUGGGAAGGGGGAGUGGGGUAGGAACUACCUGUCCUCAAAAGCAUGAAGGAGAUCAGGAACGGACUGUAGAUUUUCAAGAGGCUCCCAAGUGUCAUCAGAGAUGGGCUUUCAGGUGGUUGAGGAUGGGUGUUCAGGUGGUUGGAGUUGACAAGUCAUGGUUCAAUGGUCGGAGUUGGGCGAAAUUGGGAGCGGAGCGGAAGUUCAGAGGCAAUGUUCAUGGCCAACAAUAA